UGUCUGUGUCUUUAUCAACUUGGCUUUUUAAGAGACCAAUGCCUUCCUUUUAAAACUACCACUUUCCCCCCUAACCCUCCCUCCAGGCCUCCCUCCUCUACAAUCUACAUCUCUCUUCUACUACUACUACCAUGGUCAUGGCCAAAGCAGCUUCCUUCUUCUUCUCCCUCCUCUUUUUAUGCAACGCAGCAGUUACAAGUUCAGGCAUUCCUCUUCCUCGUGCCAAAGGUUUUUGGGAGAAAAAACAGUUAUUCCCUUGUAUUCACCACCGAGCACUGACAGAACAUGACUCUGUUAACCCAACGACGACAGCCUUACCCCCACCUCCAAUAACAAAUCCUCCCAUUAGUACUGCACCAGCUGUCGUCACGGUGCCAGGUGCCAAUCCUGUAAACCCUCCACCUGCCACCAACCCUGCUGUAAAUGCUCCACCUGCCACCAACCCUGUAAACCCUCCACCUGUCAGCAACCCGCCACCUGCCACCAACCCUGUAAACCCACCAGUGCCGGUCACAGGAGGAAAUGGCCGGUGGUGCAUAGCAAAGAGUGGAGCAUCACAGGCAGCAUUACAGUCGGCUCUUGAUUACGCGUGUGGGGUUGGGGGCGCUGAUUGCGCCACCAUUCAGCAGGGUUCCAGUUGUUAUGAACCAGCCACCCUUGAGAAUCACGCUUCAUAUGCUUUUAACAGUUAUUACCAAAAGAACCCCGCCCCAACAAGCUGUGAUUUUGGAGGUGCUGCUCUUGUAACCACCACCAAUCCAAGCACAGGCUCUUGUGUGUACCCAUCAUCAUCGUCAUCGUCACCACCACCUACAACACCAGCACCGGUUAAUACUACGACAUCUUUGCCUACGUCACCACCCACAACACAAGCACCGGUUAAUACUACAUCUUUGCCUACUGCACCACCUACAACAUCAUCAUCAUCAUCUUCUGGGGCAGGGACACAAUAUCCACCACCACCACCAGGGUUUAGCUUAGGAAACCCUGAUCCGACAGGACUAGGAGCUUAUGGUGCAAGCCCUCCCUUGAUGAACACGGCGGCAUCUGUAUCUAACAAUCUGCGGCCCUUCAUUGUUUCCCUUGUAACUGCAGUAGCAUCCAUCAUCAUGUUUGGUCUGUAGAGGAGGAGUUGCUUUCGUUCUUCCUUCCUUCAGUCAGCAAAACUGUUAAAGCUGCCGGAUAUAUAGGGUAAUUUUAGUCAUUAGUUAUAUGAGCAUGCAGCAGACGGUAUGAUGGGUUUGGUUGUAUAAUACAGAGCUUGUUUUUAGUAAUUUAGGUUAGUGUGGGUAAACAAGUAUAUUGAGCAAGGGACAUGAAACUCAAUUUCUUUACAACUAUGACUCUACUUUUCAUAUAUAAUUAAAGUAUAGUUUCAGUCUCCUCUCCUUGGGUGUACACUAAGUUCUAAUUUAAGGGUCCAUGUUACUAUUCACACAGAGCAUGUGAAAUCCCAUAGAGGGCAUUGUGUAAAAUUUCCAACCCAUUUAGUAUAAUUUCUUUUAGCUGACUUUCCGAUUGAUGUAGAAGACAAUUAUUUCAUGUUAAUGGGUUUUUGAAAAUAAUUAUAUGAGUAAACUACAGUUUCAGUCACUGUGGUUUACACUCAAUCACAGGUUCAGCCCUCAUUUGAAAAAAUUCAACACUCCGGUCCCUCUAGUUGUCAAUUGCUCUCAAUCAAGUCUCUAGUCCAAACUUCUGUUAGUUGACUUGGCAUUUAUGUCCUUUUACUUUGAAAACGAAAGGCAAUAUGGUAAUUUUGUAUCUUAUAAACCCCUUCUAACAAAUAUCAUCCCCUGAAAGCUCCAGUUUGCACCUUUCAAUCCUUCCAUCUUCCACCAAGACCCCCACCAUAGCCACCUUCAAACAACACCUCCACCACAGCCACCUUCAACCACCAACAUCAUUAUCACCGGACCACCUCUACAACCUGCAACUAACCACAGCUAACGACCUCCGACACCAUAAACAUCCACCACCUACAAUGAUUUGUACUUUUGCAAACCCAAAAACAUUUAUCCAUAAUAUUAAAUAUUUCUCUUGAUUUGUUCUUGGAACAUAUGAUCUGUGCUUCUUUUUUGUCCCCAACUGUUGCUCAUUCAAACAUAAUAAGCAAUUUGGUUCUUGAAAUUCAUUGAAUGAAUAUCGAAGGAGUAUUUUGUUCUCUUCAUCUUCUUCAUCAUAUCAUCUUCAUCUUCGUAUCAUGUUCAUCUCCAUCUUCAUAUCAUCAAAUUUAAGAUGGAGAAAUGAGUAAAGGCAUCACAAAAUCUUACCGAUUGUAAAGAAAUGAAGGAGUUUAGAAGAUAGCCGGUGAUGAUUGAUUCCGGCAAGUCUCUGAUUGGACGUCUAAUUUCGGCAACAAUCAAUUGAAAGUGAAUUAAGGCUGAUAAGGGUUUUGGAUGUCGACUGGGUAUAAGUACAGAUUCGCACCAACAUACACAAAACUGGAAUGAAUCACCAAGAUUCGUGCAAAGAAGAACAAGUUCCGAUUGAGUUUUUUAUUAAUAUUAGCGAGAUAUAGGUUGCCAAAAAUGCGUUUUAUUUCCAGUAUGAUGUUGAAGAUUAAUUCGUGAACAUUUGGAAAUAAGGUGAGCAGAUUUGGUUUAUUCUUAA